AUGCUACAAGCAGCUAUUGGAAAGAUUGUGGGAUUUGCGGUCAACCGACCCAUCCACACAGUUGUCCUGACGUCCAUCGUGGCGUCAACCGCAUACCUCGCCAUCCUCGACAUUGCCAUCCCGGGUUUCGAGGGCACACAACCCAUCUCAUACUACCACCCUGCAGCAAAAUCUUACGACAACCCUGCUGAUUGGACCCACAUUGCAGAGGCCGACAUCCCUUCAGACGCCUACCGACUUGCAUUUGCCCAGAUCCGUGUCAGUGAUGUUCAGGGCGGAGAGGCCCCCACCAUCCCUGGCGCCGUGGCCGUGUCUGAUCUCGACCACAGAAUCGUCAUGGACUACAAACAGUGGGCCCCCUGGACCGCCAGCAACGAGCAGAUCGCCUCGGAGAACCACAUCUGGAAGCACUCCUUCAAGGACCACGUGGCCUUCAGCUGGAUCAAGUGGUUCCGAUGGGCCUACCUGCGUUUGUCCACUCUCAUCCAGGGGGCAGACAACUUCGACAUUGCCGUGGUCGCCCUUGGCUAUCUUGCCAUGCACUACACCUUCUUCAGUCUCUUCCGAUCCAUGCGAAAGGUUGGCUCGCACUUUUGGCUUGCCUCCAUGGCUCUGGUCUCUUCCACCUUCGCUUUCCUGCUUGCGGUGGUGGCUUCCUCUAGCCUGGGUUACCGACCUAGCAUGAUCACCAUGUCCGAGGGCCUGCCCUUCCUCGUGGUCGCCAUUGGCUUUGACCGAAAGGUCAACCUGGCUAGCGAGGUGCUCACAUCCAAGAGCAGCCAGCUCGCUCCCAUGGUGCAGGUGAUCACAAAGAUCGCCUCCAAGGCGCUGUUUGAGUACAGCCUUGAGGUGGCCGCCCUGUUUGCUGGCGCCUAUACCGGAGUUCCUCGACUGUCCCAGUUUUGCUUCUUAUCUGCUUGGAUCCUCAUCUUCGACUACAUGUUUUUGCUGACCUUCUACUCUGCUGUCCUUGCUAUCAAGUUUGAGAUCAAUCACAUUAAGCGAAACCGAAUGAUCCAGGAUGCUCUCAAGGAGGAUGGUGUAUCUGCUGCUGUUGCCGAGAAGGUAGCCGACUCUUCUCCCGACGCCAAGCUCGACCGAAAGUCCGACGUUUCUCUUUUUGGAGCCUCUGGCGCCAUUGCGGUGUUCAAGAUCUUCAUGGUCCUUGGGUUCCUUGGUCUCAACCUCAUCAACCUGACUGCCAUCCCUCACCUUGGCAAGGCGGCCGCCGCUGCCCAGUCUGUGACUCCCAUCACCCUCUCCCCCGAGCUUCUCCAUGCCAUCCCCGCCUCUGUGCCCGUUGUUGUCACCUUUGUGCCCAGCGUUGUGUACGAGCACUCCCAGCUCAUUCUGCAGCUGGAGGACGCCCUCACUACCUUCCUGGCUGCCUGCUCCAAAACUAUUGGUGACCCCGUCAUCUCCAAGUACAUCUUCCUGUGCCUGAUGGUCUCCACCGCCCUGAACGUCUACCUGUUUGGAGCCACCCGAGAAGUUGUGCGAACCCAGUCUGUGAAGGUGGUUGAGAAGCACGUUCCUAUCGUCAUUGAGAAGCCCAGCGAGAAGGAGGAGGACACCUCUUCUGAAGACUCCAUUGAGCUGACUGUCGGAAAGCAGCCCAAGCCCGUGACCGAGACCCGUUCUCUGGACGACCUAGAGGCUAUCAUGAAGGCAGGUAAGACCAAGCUUCUGGAGGACCACGAGGUUGUCAAGCUCUCUCUCGAGGGCAAGCUUCCUUUGUAUGCUCUUGAGAAGCAGCUUGGUGACAACACCCGAGCUGUUGGCAUCCGACGAUCUAUCAUCUCCCAGCAGUCUAAUACCAAGACUUUAGAGACCUCAAAGCUUCCUUACCUGCACUACGACUACGACCGUGUUUUUGGAGCCUGUUGCGAGAACGUUAUUGGUUACAUGCCUCUCCCCGUUGGUGUUGCUGGCCCCAUGAACAUUGAUGGCAAGAACUACCACAUUCCUAUGGCCACCACUGAGGGUUGUCUUGUUGCCUCAACCAUGCGAGGUUGCAAGGCCAUCAACGCCGGUGGCGGUGUUACCACUGUGCUUACUCAGGACGGUAUGACACGAGGUCCUUGUGUUUCCUUCCCCUCUCUCAAGCGGGCUGGAGCCGCUAAGAUCUGGCUUGAUUCCGAGGAGGGUCUCAAGUCCAUGCGAAAGGCCUUCAACUCCACCUCUCGAUUUGCUCGUCUCCAGUCUCUUCACUCUACCCUUGCUGGUAACCUGCUGUUUAUUCGAUUCCGAACCACCACUGGUGAUGCCAUGGGCAUGAACAUGAUCUCCAAGGGCGUCGAACACUCUCUGGCCGUCAUGGUCAAGGAGUACGGCUUCCCUGAUAUGGACAUUGUGUCUGUCUCGGGUAACUACUGCACUGACAAGAAGCCCGCAGCGAUCAACUGGAUCGAAGGCCGAGGCAAGAGUGUUGUUGCCGAAGCCACCAUCCCUGCUCACAUUGUCAAGUCUGUUCUCAAAAGUGAGGUUGACGCUCUUGUUGAGCUCAACAUCAGCAAGAAUCUGAUCGGUAGUGCCAUGGCUGGCUCUGUGGGAGGUUUCAAUGCACACGCCGCAAACCUGGUGACCGCCAUCUACCUUGCCACUGGCCAGGAUCCUGCUCAGAAUGUCGAGUCUUCCAACUGCAUCACGCUGAUGAGCAACGUCGACGGUAACCUGCUCAUCUCCGUUUCCAUGCCUUCUAUCGAGGUCGGUACCAUUGGUGGAGGUACUAUUUUGGAGCCCCAGGGGGCUAUGCUGGAGAUGCUUGGCGUGCGAGGUCCUCACAUCGAGACCCCCGGUGCCAACGCCCAACAGCUUGCUCGCAUCAUUGCUUCUGGAGUUCUUGCAGCGGAGCUUUCGCUGUGUUCUGCUCUUGCUGCCGGCCAUCUUGUGCAAAGUCAUAUGACCCACAACCGGUCCCAGGCUCCUACUCCGGCCAAGCAGUCUCAGGCCGAUCUGCAGCGUCUACAAAACGGUUCGAAUAUUUGCAUACGGUCAUAG